AUGACAGAACAUUAUUGGCAAACACAUAACUCUGCCAGAAAAUGUUAUAUAUGUAAAGGUCCUCUACAUGAAACCCGAUAUAAUAAAGUAAAAUAUUUCGAUACUUCUAGAAAAUUCAUAGAUGCAUCAUAUUAUAGCUGUGUUAAAAUCAAAUGUGAGGCCACAGAAGAAAAACUAGCAGAGGCUAUGUAUCAUACAGAAGGUUUAAGUAUAGAAGAAAAAAAUAUAUUCAAAACAGCGUCCGAAUGUUGUAUAUGUAAGAUAAAACUUCAAGCUGAUAUAAAUAAAAACAAGGUUAGAGAUCAUGAUCAUUUCACUGGAAAAUAUCGUGGUCCAGCACACCGUGGCUGUAAUCUUCAACUCCGUAUUAAGCCAGAUAAAAUUAAGAUUCUAUUAAUAUAUCAUGGUGGGAAGCAUUAUGACUUCCAUCAUGAAAUACGGGAAUUAGGCCUAAUUAAUAAAAUUUAUAGACUCCUGCCAAUUUCAAUUUGCGUCAUUAGGAAAGUAGCAAGUAAUUUGUAUGGUCAAGAAAAGACCCCAGAGCAAUUGGCCAAAUGUUUUCCAAUUAUAGCACAGAGUAUUCCUCAGCAUUUGCUUCCAUUACUUAUACAAAAAA